UAAACAAUCACACAGCAAGUCGCUGUUCAACUAGCUGUCGGACCACACACGUUCAGUCGAUAUUAAUAGAAAAGAAAAUAAACAAAAUGCGAUUACAACAGUUGCUGGGCGUAAAGAAAAUGACUUCGUCAGUGAAUUUAUCAGCGCUUCGUAUGAAAUAUCGUGAAAAGAAAGACGUAUUUCUCGAAGAAAAUAUCAAAGUAAAGCAGCCCAUUAAGCUAUUUCGCGAAUGGCUAGAGGAAGCGGUAAAGACAGAGGAACUCAUCGAGCCAAAUGCCGCCUGCAUAGCAACAGUGAAUAAAGACGGUAAGCCCUCAAAUCGUUUUGUGCUACUCAAAGAUGUCACCGAUGACGGCUUUCGUUUCUUCACCAACUAUGGCAGUCACAAAGCACAAGAUAUUGCGGACAAUCCAAAUGUGGCAAUGACACUUUACUGGUUGCCACUACGUCGACAGAUACGUAUCGAGGGCAUGGCAGAGAAGAUAUCUAAAGAAGAUUCACUAGCGUAUUUCCAUCAACGUCCGCGUGCCUCCCAAAUCGGUGCUUUGGCUAGCGAGCAGAGUUCGCGUAUACCAUCACGUCAGCACUUGGAUGACAUUGAACAGGAAAUCAAAAAGAAAUUGGGACCUGAUGGCGAGGUACCGCUACCAAAUUGGGGUGGUUAUCUUAUACGACCACAUACUAUCGAAUUUUGGCAGGGACAAACCGAUCGCCUACAUGAUCGCAUACAGUUUCGCCGUGGACUAGAAGUUGAGAAGGAAGUCGAUGGCAAUUUGAUACAUAAAGGUGAAGACGGCUGGGUCUAUGAGCGUUUGGCACCAUAGAGUGGGCCCUAAACGGACACUAGUCAUAGGUGAAACACAACAAGUACCUAAAGUAGGAUCUGUGAGGCUUCUAUCAAUAAUAUAUUUCAGUUGUACCUAUGCUGUGUACAACUCUGAGCAAAAGAAAAUUAAAUUCCGUUGAUCAAUUAAAUAUAAUUUGUAUAUGAAUAAUUGCAAUUAAUAAAAAAAAUGUAUGUAAUUAUA